AGUGAAACCAACAAUCAAAUCAAUGCAGUGCUCCAUUGUUACGUACCCUUCCCAGGUACCUUUCUCUCUCUGCAUCCUUCCAAGAAACCACCUUCCGCUUUUCAUUUAGGUCCGUGUGAGGGAUGAUCCCCCCGAGUUGCCACUUUUAGCUCGAGUACUGUAGCAGUCGUAUCGUAUGUAUCCGUAUAUAUCUGCCAUUAGCCCGCGCUGUCUCUAAUUCCCUCUGAUCCUCUGACUCUUCAAGACAUUGAAGUUUAUCUAAACAUCUCACCAUGUCGGAAAUCCAUCCUAAACAAGAAGCCCUCGAGGCUCACGAUACAUCACCGCGAUAUGAUGAGAAGCAAGGCACCACUGAGCCCAUUGAGGAUGGCCCCAAGCAGUCGUGGGCGCUGCGCAAUGGGCUUACUCCCGGCUCAUUCGCUCCCCAUGAUGAUUACGCAAAGGGAACUGCUGAGUUGCAGCGUGAGAUGAAGCCCCGUCAUCUUAACAUGAUUGCUAUUGGUGGCAGUAUUGGUGCUGGUUUCUUCGUCGGUAGCGGUUCUGCUCUACAGACUGGUGGCCCUGGUUCAUUGACUAUUGGUUUCUUGAUUAUGGGUGUCAUGAUCUUCAACGUCGUCUAUGCUCUCGGUGAGCUUGCUGUCAUGUAUCCCGUAUCUGGUGGUUUUUAUACCUAUGCCAACCGAUUUGUUGAUCCCUCUUGGGGUUUCGCCAUGGGUUGGAACUAUGUCAUGCAAUGGGCUUUCGUUCUUCCUCUUGAAUUGACAGUUUGCGGCACAGUCAUCCAAUACUGGGCUCCGCAUACUAGCGUAGCUAUCUGGGUCAGCGUAUUCCUUGCUGUGAUCAUCCUCGUCAACAUUUUCGGUACUCUUGGUUAUGCCGAGGAAGAGUUCUGGGCUGCACUGCUCAAGCUCUCUGCCACCGUUAUCUUCAUGAUCAUCGCUGUCGUCCUCGUUUGCGGUGGAGGUCCUUCUGAUGGACAGUACAGCACUUACCAGGGCGCCAAGCUCUGGUAUGACCCAGGUGCUUUUCAGCACGGUUUCCGAGGCUUCUGCGGUGUGUUCGUCACCGCAGCCUUCUCCUUCAGUGGAACAGAACUUGUCGGUCUCGCUGCUGCCGAAGCCAAGAACCCCGCCAAGUCUCUCCCUGGUGCCAUCAAGCAGGUCUUCUGGCGAAUCACUCUCUUCUAUAUAGUUGGCCUUCUGCUUGUCGGUUUCCUCGUCAGCUCUAAGGACUCCAGACUUCUGAACGCUGGCAACGACGACCCUAGUGCCUCUCCCUUCGUCAUCGCUGCCGCCAACGCUCAUCUUAAAGGAUUCGAUUCUUUCAUGAACGUCAUUAUCCUAGUUUCUGUCUUGUCUAUCGGCGUCUCCUGCGUCUACGGCGGUAGCCGAACUCUCGUCGCACUCGCGCAACAGGGCUAUGCUCCCAAAUUCUUCUCUUUCAUUGAUAAGUCUGGUCGUCCUCUUCCUGCUGUUGUGUCCAUCAUCGCCAUCGGCGCUCUUGGAUAUAUCAGUGUUAGUGGUGAUGGAAACACCGUCUUCGUCUGGCUCCAGGCUUUGUCCGGUCUGGCUGCUUUGUUCACUUGGGGCUCUAUCUGCCUUUGCCAUAUCCGAUUCCGACAGGCUUGGAAAUACCACGGUCACACUUUGGAUGAGAUCCCCUUCCAGCACGUCUUCGGAGUCUGGGGCUCUUGGCUUGGACUGAUCCUCAUCGUCAUCGUUCUGAUUGCACAGUUCUACACUGCUAUCACUAAUCUUGAUGGAUCACUUGGUACUGCCGAGGGCUUCUUCGAGUCAUACCUGGCUUUGCCUGUUGUCAUUCUGUUCUAUGCUAUUGGAUACAUCUGGAAGCGAGAGGGAUGGAGAAAGGUCAGCGAGAUUGAUCUUGAUACCGGCCGUCGCGAGCAUGAUUGGGACACCAUCAACGCUUAUCGCGAGCAGCUCGCCAAUGGCCCUGCCUGGAAACGCGUGUGGCAUUUUCUGUUUUAAGUGCACAUAGCGAUGUCAAUGUACCUCGUAACUGCCUUUUGGCUAUGACCACUUCAAUCUAUAUAUUUAACGUUCAACUCCAACCUGUGGCUUUUAGAAAAGCGCUUUGAACUAAACUAUCACAGCCCGUACUGCGUUGCUAUCAUUCGUGUUGAGAUGUAAAUUCAAGGAAGUGUAAAGAUUUGAUCCUUUGGUCUGGCAGUACUUUGCCUUGGAAGCAUUGUCCUCGUUCUAAAUGUCUAUCAUGAACCUCUUGCC